AUGGAUUCUGAAGAUGAUAUGCACGAUGCCAACGAUCUUGAGUCUCUCGAUGACGAUUUCUACAGUGGCGAAACCGAAGAUGCUCCCAUGGAUUACUACACCGACUACGAUGAUGACGCUGAUGAUUACUUUGAUGAUGGCGAUGAUUCUGACCCCGCCGACUCUCGCAGACCUGAGCAAAAUUUCACCAUAUUGAAGGAAUCAGAUAUCCGGCAACGGCAGGAAGAUGAUAUCAGUAGAGUAGCAGCUGUUCUUUCUAUACCACGAGUUGCCGCAAGUAUCCUACUUCGUCAUUAUAAUUGGAGUGUUAGUAAAGUUAAUGAUGCUUGGUUUGCUGAUGAAGAACAAGUUCGAAAAACAGUUGGUUUGUUGGAGAAGAAAGUUUAUGAGAAUCCUGAUGCCAACGAGCUUACUUGUGGGAUCUGUUUUGAAGUUUAUCCUCCUUCUAAGAUCCAAACUGCUUCUUGCGGCCAUCCAUAUUGCUUUUCAUGCUGGGGAGGAUAUAUUGGAACUUCAAUUAACGACGGUCCAGGAUGUUUGAUGCUGAGAUGUCCUGAUCCCUCUUGCGGUGCUGCUAUUGAUCAAGAUAUGAUUAAUCUUUUAGUAUCUGAUGAAGACAAAGAGAAGUAUGACCGUUACCUUCUUAGAUCUUACAUUGAAGACAAUAAGAAGACCAAGUGGUGUCCUGCUCCUGGUUGCGAGCAUGCAGUUAAUUUUGACGCUGGCAGUGGAAGUUAUGAUGUAUCUUGCCUCUGUUCAUACAGCUUUUGCUGGAAUUGCACCGAAGAGGCUCAUCGUCCAGUGGAUUGUGGCACUGUGUCAAAGUGGAUUUUGAAGAACAGCGCUGAAUCGGAAAACAUGAACUGGAUACUUGCUAACUCAAAGCCGUGUCCCAAGUGCAAGAGACCGAUUGAAAAAAACCAAGGGUGCAUGCAUAUGACAUGUACUCCACCUUGUAAAUUUGAAUUUUGCUGGCUAUGCCUUGGUGCAUGGACAGAUCAUGGUGAAAGGACUGGUGGCUUCUAUGCUUGCAAUCGUUAUGAAGCAGCUAAACAAGAAGGGGUGUAUGAUGAAACUGAAAAAAGAAGAGAAAUGGCAAAGAAUUCAUUGGAGAGGUACACACAUUAUUAUGAGCGGUGGGCUAGCAACCAAUCUUCAAGGCAAAAAGCUCUUGCUGAUCUACACCAGAUGCAAACUGUUCAUAUUGAGAAGCUCAGUGAUACACAGUGCCAACCUGAGUCACAGCUUAAGUUCAUAACUGAGGCCUGGUUACAGAUAGUUGAGUGCAGGCGGGUAUUGAAGUGGACAUAUGCAUAUGGAUUCUAUUUAGCGGAGCAUGAACAUGCGAAAAAGCAGUUCUUUGAGUACUUGCAAGGUGAGGCAGAAUCAGGUUUAGAGAGACUUCAUCAAUGUGCCGAAAAGGAACUCCAAGUAUUCCUCAAUGGUGAUGGCCCAUCUAAAGAUUUCAAUGAUUUUCGCACAAAGCUAGCUGGAUUGACCAGUGUGACUAGAAACUACUUUGAAAACUUGGUUCGGGCAUUAGAGAAUGGUUUAUGUGAUGUGGAUAGCAAUGGAGCUGCUUCCAGUAAAGCAACUGGUUCAAAAAAUGCUGCAGGGAGUAGCAAGGGAAGAGGCGGACGAGGAAAGGGGACUAUUCGAGCUAGCAUGUCCAGCAGAAUUACUGAUGAUAAUCAUUGGUCUUGUGAGCAAUGUACCUAUGCAAAUGUCAGAUCUGCCACCGCAUGCCAGAUGUGCAAUCAACCACGUCGAUGA